AGGCGGGGGAAUGAAAUGCAGGGAACGCUCGCCGGAAGUUGACGGACGUUUUGCAAGCUUUUAUGAGAGGAGCGAGUUCAGACACAAAACUAAUCUAUUGAGAAUUCGACAGUUUCCAGUGAUUUAAUCCCCCAUCCCUUCUCUAUGGCUUCUGGUUCCAACAUGGACAUAGAGGGCGCGACCCAGCACCUUCGGGACAUCUUAAAACUGGAUCGUCCCGAGCCCUCUUCGGUAGAGAGCCAGAGAAAACCAUCUUUCAAUGGAGAGUUGAAUGGUGUUCUUGGAGCGGAUCUCAUUGGUGCAGGAGGACUUGCGACAAUGGUGGAGACGACUGCUCACAACUCAGACAAACUUAAUGGACAGGACACACAGACUAUCUGCCUUUCAGGAGACGAUGGGUCCACCUGUGUGCCCAUCAGAGCAAACAAUGUUGAAAUUGUGUCCAGUCGUGACUCUAGUAUUGACAGUAAGGCUCGUGGCAGCAACAAGGUUAAAAUUCAGCCAGUGGCCAAAUAUGACUGGGAGCACAAAUACUACUAUGGCAAUUUAAUAGCCGUGUCCAACUCAUACUUGGCUUAUGCCAUCAGAGGCGCAAACAAUCAUUCUAUGAUCCGAGUGCUGCGGCUGGGAUCAACCGAGCGUUCACUGCUGAAGGGCUUCACCGGCGCAGUCACGGACCUUGCUUUCGCCCACUUGGACUCCAACUUGUUGGGCUGCGUGGAUGAGGCUGGAAACAUGUUCAUUUGGCAGCUCACCAGCCACAGCAGCAAAAUACAAGAUGAAGUGAUCGUUCACAUCCGAAGGCCUGAGGACACUCCACUAAAUUCCAACCGCAGACUCAUCUGGUGUCCCUUCAUCCUGGAGGACAAUGAUGAGAACCCAGAGGAUGCGUGUCAGACACUGGCACUCCUUCAUGAAGACAGAGCUGAGGUUUGGGACCUUGACAUCCUCCGAUCCAGUAACAGCUCGUGGCCCGUGGACGCCACAGACCUGAAAGAGGGCUUCAUCACCAUUAGAGGACACACAGCACGCAUUAGUGAGGGAGCUCUGUCCCCUGAUGGCACGGUCUUGGCCACUGCCAGUCAUGAUGGAUUUGUAAAGUUUUGGCAAAUCUACAUUGAAGGACAGGACCAACCCAGCUAUGAUGAGCAUAAGAGACUUCUUUCAAAAACACAAAAUCUUACCGACUCCAAACCAACCAAACGAUGCCUGCAUGAAUGGCAGCCUCAUAAUGGACGGCCUCUUUCCUGCCUGUUCUUUUGUGACAACCACAAGAAGCAAGACCCGGAAGUUCAUUUCUGGCGCUUCCUGAUCACUGGAGCGGAUCAGAACCAGGAACUUAAGAUGUGGUGCACAGUGUCAUGGACGUGCUUACAAACUAUCAGGUUUUCCCCAGAUCCAUUCAACAGCAGUGUACUACCCAGCCUGAAGGCCAGUUUGGACCUGUCUGCAGAAUUUCUCAUUCUCAGUGAUGUUCAGAGGAAGGUAUUGUACGUCAUGGAGGUGUCACAGGAUCAGGAAAAAGGUUGUGCCAGCUUCACUGCAGUUUCAGAGUUUCUGCUUACACACCCUGUGCUCAGCUUCGGCAUACAGGAUGUCUCCCGCGCCAGACUGCGCCACACAGAGGUCCUUCCCCCUGAUGAGGAAAGUGAAAGCAUGACGACAGAAGGAAACCAGGGACACUCGGAGUCCAAAUCAGGAAUCCAGAUUAAACUGUACUGUGUGCAUACAAAAUCACUACAGGAUGUGCAGAUCUGGUUCCAGCCCAAUCAGGGGGCCUCUUCCUCCCUUUUCAUGCCACAGUCUGGAUCACAGGAUAGCUUUGGUUUUUCUGACCCACUGGCUGAUCUGAAUGUGGAGGCAAUGAGCUCUGAUAAAGAGUCUGGUGAUAGUGGAUCACAGAAUGACCUGAGUAAGAUUCUGGCUCUUCCAACUCCAGCUGACUUCAUGAGUCCAGCCCCAUCAGCCUUGCCCAAACUCAUGACCCCAGAUGCCUUCAUGACGUCCAGCACCUCCAUGCCCGCUUCUCCUGGCAGCAGUGCCAGCAGCCUGACCAUAGUCACGGCCAUGAGCAGCUCAGAUAGCGGUGCAAGAGGUGGAGAUGAUCUGGCCCAGAGCCCUAAAAUGUCUGUUGAAUGUGGCAACAGCAGCUUGACUCUGAAUGCCAGCGCAGGCAGUCCAAGAUCCAACUCUAUCCUCAUCUCAGGCCUUGGGGAAAAUAUCCAGGUUUCCUCUCCAAACCCUCCUCUCUCCCUGGAUCUCCAGGUCUUAGACCCCAUAGUUGUCCCCCAGGCCUCUCCGACCAGAGCUCGCUCUCCGGAUGUCAUCUCCUCUGCUUCUACAGCAAUGUCCCAGGACAUCCCCGAGAUUGCCUCAGAGACCCUGCAGAGGGGGCUGGCUGGUGCCGCUGCUGACUCAGGCCCCGUCCUGCAUUCUGACAGUAUGGCAUCAGCCGCAUCAGUCCUCCACCUCUUGUCUCCAAGAGCCCGGAGCAGUGCUGAGCACAGUUUGCUGCCUCUGGAAUUGGGUGCAGCAUCCGUGGAUGGAGAACAGAGACACAAUAACACACCCUCACUGCUGGAGACGGCUCUGUCGCAGGAGAACGCAGUAGCGGCUGGAGGAUCCUGUUCUGACAGCAGUGUGAACCACACCUGGCCCGCAGCACCUGAUAUCACACGAGAAACUCGCAACAGCUUGAGAGACAAUGGUUUGGGAGACUGCUCUAGAGAGGAAAUAAAGGACAGACACAUUUCUUCUCCAUACCACAGGCGCACAUAUCACCUGACUCAGAACGACAGUCAAGAUGCAAGUGCAGAGCAGAGUGAUCAUGAUGACGAGGUUGCCAGUCUGGCCUCCUCCUCGGGAAAUUGUGGCCCUCGCUCCUCUCACAGACUUCCUGUGAAAGACUGGAAAACAUCUCCCCGCAGCUCCCCUAAGCUCAAGAGGAAGAUCAAGAAGGAUGAAGGAGAGUCCUCACAGUCUAGACAGAUUGAGAACCAGAUGAGCACAGAGGUGCAGGAUGAGCUCCUACAGAUGUUACGGAGCCAGCAAAGAGAGAUCGCUGAGCUAAGACGGAACCAGCUGGAACUUCUGCAGAGAGUCACCAGCCACAUGGACGCCGUGCAGAGCUCCAUCAUGGCUCACAUUGAGCACGCCAUGUUGGCUCAGCAGGAGCAAGAACAGAGAAGAAUGGAGAGAAUUCUGGCUGAAGGACAAAGCCGGAACCAACAGCUCCAGGACCAGCUGGUUCAGCAGCUCGUCCAGACUCUGAACAACAGUCUCUGCAACCGGCUAGACAAAGUUUUGCGGGAAGAAAUGAAGAAGACCGUCCCACAGGCCAUAUCGAAGAGUCUAGAACCUGUGACUGGACAGAUGAGCAGUACCAUCGCUGCCAAGUUAACCGCAGUGGAAGGAACACUGAAGGAAAAUGUCAUCAAAGUUGUUAAAUCCAAGAACACGACGGAUGCUAUCGGCCGUGCUGCUGCAGAGGCCAUGCAGGGUCCCAUCCAGUCAGCCUACAAAGAGACCUUCCAGAGCAUCGUGCUGCCCGUGUUUGAGAGAGGCUGCCAGUCUAUGUUUCAGCAGAUCAAUGACAGCUUUAAACAGGGAACCAACGAGUACAUCCAACAGCUGGAGAUGCACAUCAAGAACAGGAAACAGCGGGACCAGGAUGCACGGGAUCCUGUGAUUGGCCAGCUGCAACAGAUGAUUGACGCGCUCCAGAAUUCUCAAGACCAGCUGGCCACCACUGUGACGACCAGCGUGUGCUCUGACGUUCAGCAUCAGCUCCACAUGAUCGUGGGAAAUCUGCAGGACUCAAUCCUGACACAGGUGCAGCGCAUAGUGAAGGGAGAGGUGAGUCUGGCCAUGAAGGAGCAGCAGGCAGCUGUCACCUCCAGCAUCAUGCAGGCCAUGCGCUCGGCCGCAGGAACACCUGUACCCUCUGCACAUCUGGACUACCAGGCCCAGCAGGCCAGCAUACUGCAGUUACUACAGCAGGGCCAGCUCAAUGAGGCCUUCCAACAGGCUUUAUCUGCAGCCGACUUGAAUCUGGUGCUGUACGUGUGUGAGACCAUUGACUCCCAGCAAGUGUUCGGCCAGCAGCCCUGUCCACUCCAUCAGGCCGUCCUUCUGUCUCUCAUCCAGCAGCUCUCCACCAACCUGAGCACACGCACAGAACUCAAGAUCAGCUAUCUUGAAGAUGCUGUAAUGAACCUGGACCAUGGUGAUCCAGUCACCAGAGACCACAUGUCUGCAGUGCUGUCCCAGGUACGACAGAAGCUCUUACACUUCCUGCAGCAGGACGCCCACGGCCCGCUGAGCAAGCGUGCUCGGCGCCUCAUGAUGAUGCUGCAGGGUCUGGUCAGUCACUAGAAGAGCCCCUCCGGAUGACGCAGCUGACAUCUUCACAUUGUUCUGCAGUCUCGUAGAUGACCGUCAUGACCUCAUACCACCCUGCUGUUCAGUUGCUUUAUCUGUGCUCUGCAGCUUAUUGGCUCUCUCAAGUAGUACUAUUGGGAGUUGUAGUCCAGGCUUGGACUAUAUAUAGGUGGCUUUGGACUACCCCCCCCCCAUCUUUCCCUCCCUCGUUCCUUAAAGACUAUUUUUGAUUUAGUUUCUCGGCACAUGUGAAUAAUCCUCAGUUUGUAUGCAACACCACCAUGAAUGCAGAACGGGACAUGGUUACUUCAGUUUUUUCAUUAUGCGUUCAAUACCAGGAGACCACUUUUUUUUUUUUUGCUUACUGUGAGGAAUGGAUGGUUUCCUGGCUGCUCUGCUUUUUUUUUGUUCCCCUAUUAUUAUAUAUUAUGGUGGAAUGCUGUCGAACGUUAUCGCUAAAGGUUGCAUUUAGGCCACUUAUCUGACUCCACUGUUUUGCUGAAAAUAAUUUGGCCGAGUUGCUGCUUUGUCAUGUCAAGUGGAGCGUCAUACAUGUUCCUGGAAUUUUUGUUAAUGCUAUUUGAAAUGGCCAAAGCAAGUUUUCAAUUCUGGACUAUUGCAAAGUCGACCCAUUUUCCAAUCAGCAGAGCCCUGUAAAAUAUAGAAGAGGGCUUAUUAUGUUACCAAGGAAUGCUAACAACAUAUUAACUUAGAAUUCUUCAAGUGGAGCCUCGAGUCUGUAACUUGUAGUACGUCUGUAAGUCUCUAGAGGGCAGGCAUUUAUGUUAUCAUCUUUCUAAUUUUAUAUGCUGCUUAUGUGAUUUUUCAGCUCUUCUGCAGAAUUACACUAAAGUGAAUGCAACAAGGCUCUUUUUUUUUUUAAAUACAGGGUUUUUUUCUGUGAAAAUUGUCUUUCUGUAUCGCAGCACCCAAAUAUUUGAAAGUGUUCGAGAAAGUGGCCCGUUCUAGUUGAUUGUAUUUGAUUUAGACUGAGAUUGCAACACUUGUUUUUGAUUAGGAGGGACUGUAUGGUCAUGCCCUCUGAUAAAGGAAGAACAAAAAGAAAGUGCCUUAUCAGACUAUUGUGCAUCAUAUAUUGGUAAUCGGGUCCUCUGAACCUACAUUGGGUGCCACGUUGGUGUGUGUGUGGCUCCAAGCAAAUUUUCUUUUUCACUAAAACACGGAAUUGAAGUUGGGAAUGGACAGGUUUGUUACUGAAAUAUUUUCUUGCAAGUGCUGUAAGCUGUGAUCUGAUUUUAUUUUUUCAGUCAUUUAUUCCUCACAAGUUUCAUGCUAAUGCGAGGAGGAAGUGCCGGCCCCGUUGAUUGUGUUUGUGUUUGUGUUAACUCAUUAUAGUUCCCCUGUCGUCUUUAUUUUUAGAGCUGGGCAUAUUAUAUCCAUAGCCAUUUGCAGCAGUCAAUGUGGCUCAUUAGGACAUUUUUACAGGGUGUAAGCAAUGUGUCCUCUUUUGUUUUUUUUUCUCAUAUGUAUAAAAAAAAAAAGCUCUGUAACCGACAUGAUCCUGCUGCGCAAUUGUGGGUAAAUCUGAGGCGCUAGUAAGGAUGUAUUAAACUCAGCAUGCUUGCAUGCUAAUGGUGAGAGCCAUGUACUCAAACAUAGUUAACCUGUUUUUACAAAUUCAACACCCCACUUUUGUUUAAUCUUUGUAAACCUGGAUUAAUCCUGUUUCAUCUUCAUUUCUCUUUCUUGCAUAGUAUAGAGUCCAGCAAAGACGACCUGUGAUCAGAUCGAUUCUCUGAUUCAGUUUUAUGUUUUGUCAGGUUGAAAGCGUCCUCUUGUCAGUUUUAAGAUUUGUUGCAGUGCAAGGUUAAUUGAUUUUCGAUGCUGUUUUAGACAUGUCUGAUGAUGUCUGGGUUACUGUACUAAUACACAUUGCCUUCAGUUUUUGAGGCUUACAAACUUUUUGUUUUUGUUUGCAUUGCAGGUUGUGUAUGAAAAUGUAAUUGUAAUUUUUUUUCCCAUUGUGUUUCGAUUUUUGUUCCUUGUGUUUGCAAUUCUGUUGUAUAUUUUACACUCAUUUCUUUCAUUGUAGACUUUUUGGAAUAAAAAAGGAAAACAUUGUUCAAUGUUCA